GCAGUGCACACCCUCUAAUGUCCUAUUGUCCCAACAGGACUUAUAACCAGAGCUGCUCAUGUCAGGUCCACAUCUGCUCUCAGUGAGGUUGUGAUCACACUUCAGGCUCCUCUGAUUCUCCAGCAAACAAGAUGCAGAACAGGACUGAGAAGUUGGGAGCUCAGCUGCCUCUCUUUGUUCCAGCCAGCAGCUCUCAGCGAGGUCUGUUCAGGAAGAGCACCACAUACCUGGCUAAGAUCGCUGUCGUCCUGCAGGACGCUCCCGGCAAGAUGCUCACCUUUACUCAGCUGAUGGACAGACUGGCACCGUUCAUCUCUGAAGACAGAAAAUCUGUUGAGAACAACAUCAGAGUUUGUUUAUCCACCAACAAGUGUUUUGUGAAGAUCCCGGUGGUCCCAGAUUCACUGGACAGUAAGAGGAACUACUGGAAACUGGACCCCAGUCAGAUCACAGCAAAGAUGGUGCGUCGUCACUUCAAAGGAAUCCUGCAGCUCUUCCCUGAGCUGGCCUCCAAAGUGGAGACGGAGAACAGCAGCAGAGCAUCGGAGCACUGCUCAGCUCUGCACUUUCCAGAAGCUGCAGCCUGCAGAGCCGUCCACAUCACGUGUGAGGUGAAGUUCAGCAGUCCUUUCUCCAUCGAGUCCCUCCUGAAGAGAGACAGUCCCUCUGCUCGGGCCUCCAGAGCUUCUCCUCUGUCCAGUGUGCCGGUCAGAGCGGAGCAGCAGCCUGGCUCCACACACACACGAGUUGGGACAAAGAGGAGCUUCAGCCGGGACCCUGAGGAGCCUCUCCUCCUUCAGGCUCCAGCUGGAAGUUCCUCCAUGUGCUCGACAGGGGGCAGCACACACCAUGGACUCACUGCUAGCAGAGCUGCUCAGUCCAUCAAGAGGAUACCAGCGUGCACUGAGUCCUCAUUCCCUGUCUACAGCAGAGCUGCUGCUUAUUACACCAGCACACACAGCAGUUACAUCACAUACCCAAGUUUACCCAUAAUGCAUUCUGUUUCUGGCUGUAAUUUGUUUGUAAAUGUAAUGUAA